GUGGCGGAAACGGGAACCAGCGACAGUAGAAAUGCAGAACGGUGAUUGGAGUAGAGCCUUCGUGCUGAGUAAAGUGAAAAAUCUUUAUUUCUUCGUCAUAAUCGAUAAAGGAUUCUCGGCGAUUCUUAAUGAUCCAAGAGAGCCAGUCCAGGUGGGAGGAUUUUUCGAAGUAAUAUAUAUAAAGAACGAUAACGCAAAAGAAGAUCAAAGAGCUCAACACACUAUCACACAAUACAGGCCAAUCGAACCUCUUGCUGAUGUUGAAUUAGAUCUUGAUCGCCGGAAUCAGACACAUGUGAUAAUGACAACAACCGCUAGAUAUGAUGGAUUGUUAGAGGGAAAUAUUGUUACUUUGUACAACAGGGAAUUCGGAAAUUUUGUUGAUAUGGAUCGCCUAAUCGCUGUAAGAAACAAAUUGGUCGUGUUCCAAUUCAGGGUGAAAUAUAAUUUUUGUAACGGUAUAGAUGUUAUUGUUGAAUUGCAGUGCAAAGCUUCUCCAGUUAACAACUAUCUUUCAAUUUUUGUGCCGGUUCGUGUAAUUGCAUAUCAUGACAUGCCACCACAAGACGAUCCGCGUUUUCGUCGAGAUCCAGAGUGUCGGACAGUCGUUGGUUUCGUGUGUUCUGGGUUUAAAAAUGGAUAUCAGUACGUCUUUUCGAAGCAACUGGAUAAAGAUGUCCAUUUAUAUGAAAAUGAAUGCCCAUCAUAUCAAGACAUGACUGGAAAAUGGAUUGAAAUGGAUAUCGAUAUGGAAGAGUUUCGUAUAAUCAGGCCAGUUAGAGAAGUGGAACCAAUAUUUCCUACACGUAUAAUGUUAGAAGUACCCGAGAUUUUCGUCGAAUUCGAAUAUGAUGGUUUCUAUGAGACCGACAAUUUCUUCGUUUUCCGCGAUAGUGGUUAUUUCGGUUUAAUCAGCGAUUCCUUUAAAACGAUGAGAGAUGUUGACAGAAAUGGUCAAUAUUCUGGAUGGAUCGUGAGGCAAAAUACUAGUAUUCCUAAUUGUAACUGGGCAAUAUCUCCGAAACAAGAUCUGCUUGUGCCUGCCAACCUGCACAGGGAGCCUAAUCGGUACGAAAAUCGGUCGGCAUCGCCUCAUUCAACAUCUGGUCAGUUCCCGGGAACGUCUACCAGACGAUCGGAUCCGUAUGAUCCGCCACGGUCAAGAAAUUCGAGUAGUAUUUCCAAUCGAGCUCGAAGCAACGUUGUCGAAGAAGACGAUGAACUUCGUUCUCCGACUCCACUCUCAAGAGCUCCCACUACAGACGAUGAUAGUGAUGCCGGCUCACCUGAAGAAAAAACUCACAUGGAAAGAAAAAGUCCGGAUGAUGUUGCUCCUGGAAACAGAAGAAAUAAUUCUUCUAGUAGUGCUGGUGGUGACAGUCACUUGAGAGGAACCGUAGAAUUCUCGUCGAGCGAUGACGACAGUGACGACAGUGACGACAGCGACAAUGAAGCGAGCAAUAAUUCAAACAAAUUAUCAAGUUAUAGCUGGCCCAUGCCGCCAAUUUUGCAACGGCCAGCGGUGUCCGGACUUUCUACGCCGUCUCGGAAUGGACGGAUGGACGCAAAUAGCACAUACGCAACGCCGCUGUCACAUAUAACUUCACCUGAACAAACUCGAAAUGAAGCUGGGUCUACAACGCCACAAAAAUCAGAAUCAGAACGGGAGAAUAGAAAAGAUAAACUGAAACUACUGCGGAUCUCCGAGCUGGUCAGAAAGUUUAUGAGCAAUGCCAAAAUUCUUGAAGACAUGAAGCUUGUCGACUUGGAGGAAUCCGAGGAACUUGCAAAUCUUGUUAGCAGUUAAUAUAAGCUGUUAAAUAGUGUCCUAUGCUGUUAAAUGUUUAAGUUUUCUGAAUUCUCAAUAGCCUUAUUCUAGACAUAUUAACUUGUUACGUAUCUCUUGCGAUCAGCAAUCACUAAACUUUCUUGUUGAAAAUCGUUAUUUUAUGAAGUCUUAGCUA